AUGAUAGAGGCUGAUGAGAGCGGCUGGAAGCCGACUGAUCGUGUGACACGCGGGAUUGUAGUGAAGUCGUACCUUCCUCUGAAGAGACAUCCCGAGCUGCGGACUCACGAUGACCAUUUCUUCAAUCUGUAUGUGGGAGAUGAAGUUUACGUUUUCGAAGAGUCGAAGGAUAGGAAAUGGUUUCGUGGUUACCUUUGCUGGACCCCAUUGCCCGAGGCAUAUGUGUCUGGUAUGGUUUCUGUGGAUGAUCAAUUCCCACAUUUAAGAAACAGACUUGUGGUGAUCCCCAGAAAAUUCGUGCACUUAAAUUUAAACCGUCAUGUGGUCGAGAACCCAUUUGUGAGGUUGCCUGCACUUGCUGAUUUCCAUUCUGUGAUCAGCGAAAGCUGUACUUCGCCAUCACUCUACGAUAGUCUGGCCAUGGGAGAGGAUUCAAACGAGACACAGGCGGUUACUACGUCCAAACCACCAAGACCUUCGUUUCCGUACUAUAGGUAUGAGGAUAGGCCAUUUGCCGAGGAGCUUGCACCUAUCCUUGGGCUGUUGUCUUCACAUAUUUAUGGAGUUUAUUCUUCAGGCGAUUUUGCCCUGUUUGAAAAAUUGACCAACGCAUUUUAUGAAUUAGAUGCUAUCCGCUCCAGGCUUCAGUUCAGCCUUUUGACUUCAUAUGAGCUGAUCAAAGUGCGCAGAUUGGCUAGCGCACUUUUGGCCAGCAUAGGUAAAUUGAUUGCAUCCAAGCACAAAAGUUUUGCUGGAGCAACGUCGUUCAAUCAGGUCACGGAGGAUCCUUCGGGUGCUGAAGGUAUAUUCGGCCGGAAUGUCGAGACGGGGGAACUAUUGUCAUACGAAGAGGAUAAUUUACAGUCACUAGUGCUCAACUCUAUGCUGCAUGGGCUAUUGAAGGAUUUCCCUGCCGCCAGCUGUAAUCUGCUUCGAAGUAAACCAUCGGCUAACGACCUUUUCGAACCGACCGAGUCACACAUCCUGGUCGAUGUUAAUGAUGUCAAGAGUGAUGCAAGUAUAGGAAACCCAAUGCUUAAUAACAUCAGUGCCUCUAUGUAUCUUUGCUCGAAAAACGAGAGACUCACCGAACCUUUCACAGUGAAUAUGGAUUCUGAUCAAAUCAGCUCGUUGAAUAGCAUCUCAGCAGCUCUUUUCAAGAACAUCCCUGCAGGACAGAUUAAAAGAUGCAACACUUAUUUGGCUGUCGUGUUAACCGAAAAAGUUCCUGUCACUGUUGGCAGUAUCCAAUCAGAGUAUACAUCUCCUCCGGAUUCACCCUUCCAACCUUUUGAGAAAACCAAAGAAGGAAGAAUUAGUUCAAUAAGGCGUGGGAUUGCUGCAGGGGCAGUUGAUAUUACUAGAGUUUUUGCACGUUACAACGAAUCUAAUACAGACCUUUCUCAAGCUUUCAAAUUCAAAGUUCACCUGUUUGGGUCUUAUUUGAGCAAAACGGCUAGCAUGCAGAGUAAAUCUGGAGCAGACAUUUGGGAUAACGAAAGUGUGGGAUGGGGUGAAUUGAUUGAUAGGAUUUUAACCAAUUCCCAUAAGGGAGUGGCGAUCAAUCCGAGAGCUACUUCUUUGGAAGUCAACAUCAAGGAAAUAAGGUCGUCGGAUGCGGGCAAUUCGGUGCAGACCUCUGUCGGUGCAAUUAAAUCUGUGCCAACUUAUUUCUACGAUAUACUCUCAGGAAGCUCGGAAAGAAUAUAUCUCUCGUUGGGGAAAGUCUCCCUGCUGGGUAAUCUACAAACAAAUGUCGAAAGUAUCACAAUAAAACUUUCGUGUAGCAACGAUCGAAUCAGAUUCAGCAGCAGCGCUAAUGAAAAUCUUCAGAACACAUGGAAAAUGGUUUCCGUACGGCCAGGCGAAUCAAUUGGCGAUACUAUAAGAAUAAACGGUCUGAAACAUAUGAGGGAGAAUGAGACUAUCAAUGUUGCAGCAUAUUUGAAUGGGUUCCUAAUGGGCAAGCUUACUUUUUACAUCAGGAAGGGAGGCCAAAUCAUGAGUUUCAAGAAGUACACAAAUGUUCAGCUCUUAAACUCGGUGAAAGAGCCUCUUGUGAAUCUCGAACUAGCCACAGAAUACGUUGGGAAGAAGUAUAACUUGGAUUCCGUCCUUAAAGAAUUCCUUGAACUUCCCUAUACAGAUAGCAGUGCCUGGGAUGCAAUGUCCACCAAGCACUGUAUAGGUAUAUUGAUAGGAUUGACCAAAGUCAGUGUCGAUCAAUUGCAGAAGUUUUUUCGCGAGCUUUUAUUAACCUAUUUGCAUUGUUUUGACAUUUUCGAAAAUAAGCAUCCAGAUAGAUUUUCAGAUGAAAUACGCCGGCAGUUAUUUGUUACCUUCGUGGAUUCCAUCGACAAGCUGAUGGCCCGAAGCGACCGGCUGAGACGCUCAUUCAAUGUUUUUUACGAAGAGUCUUCAAGAAGCUUGAAAGAACUGCCUCAUGUUGGAUCAAUCAUUUUGCAGCAUAUGAGCGAUCUAUUUGGCAAUUGCUCUAAAGAGUGGGGUAAAGUUGGAGGCGCAGUGUCGCGAACCAGUUUGUACUUGAUCAUGAUAUCCGUUAUAUCUUCAAAAGGAUCACCAGACGAAUGGAGACUUUCUUUCCAGUUAUUCUUCAGCCAAGUGUGCCAGUUUCUUGCAAGUACAUCUGAGCCAGUAGCUAAAGACCAGAUAUUGGUGUUACAGACCUACGAUAUGUGGCUGGGGGCCAUAAACAGGCUUUACGACUCUGAGAUGUUGGUUCAAUUUUCCUUAGGACUGCUUCAAAGUUGCCGCAAUAAGGAGGAAAAUCGAGAAUAUGCGACAAAAGGUUUAUCGCCAAUGGACGCACGAUAUUUGAAUACGAAGUUGUCAUUACUUCGUAGGAUUCUUGCGCAUAAAGACUUACAUGAUUAUCUGUUUGAUUUCGGAGAGAGUAAAAUGGUUAGACUAGCCUUUUUGUCUAAAUGUAUCGACUGGGCAUUGCUACCAUAUACCUAUACUCCGUUACACAUCUCCUCCAUUCGGUUAGGCAAUGGCGUACUUAUCUCUCUCAUUGAGAAUGCUAAGGACCGGAAGCUAAGAAGGAACCUUAUCCGGCUCUUGCCCACACUCUGCAGAGCGUUCAUCUUGACAAGAAAGUAUUGUAAAGAAAACAAUCUGUUCAAGCCCAAAAUUACGUUCACUGAAUUAUUUCCCCGCAGCAUUCCCUGUUCGAUCUACCCGAUGGAUUCUUUGAUUCGCUCGGAAGUGCUCGUUGAAGUGCUGGUAGAAUUGAUCACCAUCAUUUGUGAGCUUACCAAAGCAGGCGAAGCAAUAUACGGUGCACGGGAUAUUUCAUUCGUUGAUAUUCUUUCCGAGUGCGAAGGUGACAAAGAGUUUCACACCGAUUUCUGCUUGAAGCAAAUAACGAAUAAUCACGUCACCACCUUAUAUCAUAUGGUUAAGAUUGUGGCCAGGGGGCAAUUUUUCCCAGCGAACAAAUGGCUUGGUGUAUCUGCGAUGUUCAACAGGAGCUUUAUGACUUUAGUGCGGAUGUACCGAGAUUAUAUGAUACAACAAAAUCUACCGAAUGGCAGCGGAGAACUUGAUAUCAAGUUAUGGACCGCUUACCUGAAAGCGAUUUUCACCCUAGCUAAUAACAAGCUGACUUACCUGAUAAAACUUGGCAUCAUUGCGAGGAAAGGGGUGUACCGCAUCAUGGGAAACGUGAAAGAGCGGGCGGCCGACCUUCUCAACAGCAGUUGGGAUGCACUUGCAUGUCAAAAGUAUGAAGUGGAUUGCGGGACGAGGUUUGGUAUCGAGAAAAUUGGCCCAUACCAAAUGCAGAUCCUUGAAGACAAUGUAGGUUUGAUGCAAGAAAUUUUCCUUUUUGCUUUCCACAGGCACAUUGAGUGCAUCAAGGUCAGCUGCAGACUAUUAUGGUGCUCGGCUAUUACGUGCUGGUCGACGUAUGGAAACUUGCAGCCUUUACUCAAUAUAGCCAUUCCCGAGCUUUACAAUGCAUAUCAGACAGGGAGGCUCUAUCUGACGGAUUAUGAUUUACAAAGAUUCAAGAUUUGUACCUUGUACACAGUCCAUAUUGCAAGGGAUGAUCCCAUUUAUCAACUCGUCCUUGCCCUUAUGGAAGAGCUUUUCGCAUUUCUACACACUGUUGCAAAUGCGUAUAAGAUAUCUGACCAAGAGGAAUUUGAUGAUGAUAGAACAGCUGUACAUAUGGAAAUGUUCACGUAUCUAUUGAAUGCCGAUAGACCUGAACUAUUUCACAAGAUGAUCUACGAUCUGUUUAUUCAUUUCUUGAGGAAGAAAGAUCACGUUCAAGCGGCUUUAUCCUUGGAACUCUUGGCGAAUACCUAUGACUGGAAUACGAACAACGCCUUAGCCUCAAUUAGUUAUCCACCCCUUCCUGAACAAUCUUCUUUUGAAAGAAAGGAGUACCUUUACAAAGAAUCUGCGAAAAACUUUGCCAAAGGUUUGAAGCUAGAAAAAGCACUGUCGAUCUAUAAGGAUUUAAUUGCUGCAUAUGACCAGAUCAACUACGAUUUGAGUGGUCUGGCAUAUGUUUAUGGUGAAAUGUCCAACAUUUACACAAGCCUCCAGACAGUUGAUAGGCUCGUCCCCACAUACUUCAAAGUUUCAUUUACAGGUCUGGGAUUCCCAAGCUCUUUGAGGAACAAGAGGUUUAUCUUUGAGGGUUUGCCCUUUGAGCACAUAACGUCAAUGCACGAUAGGCUACUAAGAGUUUACCAUGGGACGACAAUUGUUCAAUCACAAGAGCGUAUGGAUGAGUUGUUCAUAAACUCUUCAGUUGGAAGAUUCAUUCAUGUUAGCAGCGUGGAGCCCCAGUUCGAGCUAUCAGAGCAUUUCCAGAGGAAUGCAGACAAGAAUCAUUUCCUGAAUAACAAAACCUGGAUGUACAUUGAAAACAGAAAUUUGAGGACAUUUAGCAAUUCAAGGAGAUUACCUGGUGCCACGGGUGUAACUGAUUUAUGGGUCAACGAAAUGACGUAUCGUACCACGUCCACUUUCCCUACUUUAAUGAACCGGUCAGAAAUCAUAGAGGUCACUCAGCGUAAACUUUCACCUUUACAGAAUGCGUUGAGGUCGUUGCGGAUCAAGGUUCAAGAAUUGAACGGACUGGAGAACAUGUGCUGGAAAGUAAUCAAAGAGCACGGUGACCGCUCCGAAAUCUUCGGCGAACUAUCGAGGAAUAUGACGGGCACCAUCGAUGCUCCCGUUAACGGUGGAAUAACGCAAUACAGAGAGUUUUUGAACCCCGAUAUGGCUUCAGAUUUUGAAGACGGAGAUUUGCAAACCCUGACAGCAGCAUUUGCAGACCUGGCAACGAUCCUAGCCAGAUGUCUAAUACUACAUCGCGAACUUCUUCCUUCGGAAAAACUCAAAGAGUCUCACAACAUGCUCAUCGUCUUAUUCAAGAAGAAUUUUGAACUUGAAAUCAUAGAGAACAAUAUCAGUCUAGAAGGUGUCAACAGCUCUGCUCCAAUAAGGUUCGGCUCUUUCUUACACGGCAAUCCAAUGCAUUCAUCAAGAAAUCAACUGCAAUUAACCUUGCAACAAAGUUUCAACAGACUCAACGAAACCCAAGCGGCAUCGGUAGACUCCCGAGAGUCCUCCCAUUCCAGAACAGAUACCAUGGACACUACUCCUGCUAAGGCCAGCCCCAGCCGUCAUGGAUUAUUCCCAACAGAGAGUGGCACAAGCAUCGGAACCAGGGCCACCUCCAAAAACUCCUUCAAAUUCACACUGUCGGGCAUUACUAGCAGAUCCAACAAUCAAUAA